GAUUUUUGAGUGAAACUUUUUUCAUACGGUACCUAUGUAGUUCUUCUUUUAAAAAAUGUGCAACACUCGAUUAACAACUUUCAGUUGUUUUUUUAUUCAGCUUAGACGAUAAAGAUGGAUACUUCGAAAAUUCGUGUGAUUUUUGAAUACGAGUUCCGACGCGGAACUAACGCGGCAGAAACAGCUUGCAAUAUUAAUGUUGCGUUUGGAGAGGGGACUGCUAAUGAACGCACUGUGCGAUUUUGGUUUAAACGCUUUCGUGAUGGAAACUUCGAUUUGAAGAACGAACCACGUGGAAGACCGCCCACACAGGUGAAUAACAAUGAUUUGAAAGAGAUGGUGGAAGCUGAUCCGAGACAAACUACCCAGGAAUUAGCGGCAUGGUUUAACGUUACCUUACCAACAAUAUUGACUCAUUUGCGUCAAAUCAAUAAAAUAAAAAAAUAUGAAAAAUGGGUGCCUCAUGAUUUGACUGAUCUGCAGAAAGAAACGCGUGUUGAAACUUGCGUUGCCUUGUUGAAUCGAUACAGAAAUGAAGGAAUAUUGGAUCGAAUUGUGGCAUGUGAUGAAAAAUGGAUUCUUUACGAUAAUGGUAAGCGGAAAAUGCAAUGGCUGACCCCAGGACAAACGCCGCAACAGUGUCCUAAAGCAAAACUUACCAAUAAAAAGGUAAUGGUAACGUUUGGUGGUCUCAGCGUGGUGUUAUUCACUAUAGCUUUCUCCGAUCUGGUCAAGCAAUAACGGCAGAUGUCUACUGCGCCGAACUCCGAAUAAUGAUAGCGAAACUAGCAGUGAAACAGCCCCAACUUAUGAAUCGAUCUUCACCAUUAUUGCUCCACGAUAACGCGAGACCUCAUACAGCACGAGAAACCGUUUUAACUCUACAGGAACUGCAAUUAGAAACCAUUCGUCACCCUCCGUAUUCGCCAGACCUUGCUCCAACGGACUACCAUUUUUUUCGUGAUUUGGACAAUUUU